GACUCACUGAAGACUCCCACGGCAGAGGCAAUAAUAAUCAGGACAAUUUUAAGAAAGAUGACAGUCUCACGCGGUCAUAUGUUUAUGGUUACUAAUCUUAAAAAAGACAGCAAAGCAAGUCCACAAGACCAAACUGCGGUCGUACAUAAAUUGUCUAAAACAAAUUCGCCCGAAACUCCGCCAGGAGUCUAG